AUGGCCCAGAGUUUGGACCAAGUAGAAGAACAGAGACUCUACCAGCAGACCCUCCUCCAGGAUGGAUUGAAGGACAUGUUAGACCAUCGCAAGUUCCUGGACUGUGUUGUGAAAGUGAAGGACCAGGAGUUCCCAUGUCACCGGCUGGUCUUAGCUGCCUGUAGCCCUUACUUCCGUGCCUUGUUCCUCAAGGACUCAGAAGGGAUCCAGGAGAUCAGCCUGGAGGAGGUGUCACCAGAAGUGAUGGGCAAGGUCCUACAUUACCUCUACACUUCAGAGAUUGAUCUCAAUGAGGACAACGUUCAGGACCUUUUUGCAGCAGCCAAUCUUUUCCAGAUUCCAUCCAUUUUCACCAUCUGUGUUUCCUUCUUGCAGAAGCGACUCUGCCUCGCCAAUUGCCUGGCAGUCUUCCGUCUUGGUCUCAUGCUGGACUGUGCCCGGCUGGCCGUGGCUGCCCGUGACUUCAUCUGUGACCGUUUCCCUCUUAUUUCUCGUGACCAAGAUUUCUAUGGCCUCUCUGCCAACGAGCUCAUUGCUGUCAUCUCUAGUGACAGCCUCAAUGUGGAGAAGGAGGAGGUAGUCUUUGAGGCUGUGAUGAAGUGGGCUAACACUGGGGAUGACAAGGAGGCCCGGCUCCAGGCCCUGCCCACUGUCUUUGAGAGCAUCCGCUUCCGCCUUCUGCCUCGAGACUACCUUGAAAGCCGAGUGGAAAAGCAUCCACUGGUGAAGGCCCGGCCUGAGCUACUCCGCAAAAUUCAGAUGGUGAAGGAUUCCCAUGAAGGGAAGAUGACUGUUCUAAAGAGGAAGAAGAAGAAAGAAGAGAUAUCUGGGAAAGAAAGAGCCGGGAUGAAAGCUGGGGAGAAGGAAGCAGAAGAGGCCGAUGAUGAUGACACUAUCAUCCCUGGGAUCCUCAAUGACACCAUGCGCUUUGGGAUGUUCCUACAGGAUCUAAUCUUCAUGAUCAGUGACACAGGGGCUGUAGCCUAUGACCCUGGGACCAAUGAGUGUUACUUUGCUUCCCUGUCCACUCAGAUUCCCAAGAACCAUGUCAGCCUUGUGACCAAAGAGAACCAGAUCUUUGUGGCUGGGGGCCUUUUUUACAAUGAGGACAACAAGGAGGACCCUAUGAGUUCUUACUUCCUACAGUUUGACCACCUGGAUUCUGAGUGGAUGGGCAUGCCGCCCCUACCUUCCCCACGUUGUCUGUUCGGCUUGGGCGAAGCUGAGAAUUCCAUCUUCGUUGUGGGUGGUAAAGAGCUCAAGGAGGGAGAGCAGAGCCUGGACUCAGUGAUGUGCUAUGACCGACUAUCGUUUAAAUGGGGAGAGUCAGACCCGCUGCCCUAUGUAGUGUAUGGCCAUGCCGUGGUGUCCUACAUGGAUCUCAUCUAUGUCAUCGGGGGCAAAGGGAGUGACCGGAAGUGCUUGAAUAAGACAUAUGUCUAUGACCCUAAGAAGUUUGAGUGGAAGGAGCUGGCCCCCAUGCAGAAUGCCCGAUCCCUCUUUGGGGCAACGGUCCAUGAUGGCAAGAUCUAUGUGGUGGCUGGAGUUACCAACACAGGGCUGACCAGCUCAUCGGAAGUGUACAACAUAGCAGAUAAUAAGUGGGAGCCAUUUUUGGCCUUUCCCCAGGAACGCAGCUCACUCAGUCUUGUUAGCCUGGCUGGGACCCUCUACUCCAUUGGGGGCUUUGCUACCCUGGAAACUGAGUCAGGAGAGCUGGUCCCUACUGAGCUUAAUGACAUAUGGAGAUAUGAUGAAGAGGAAAAGAAAUGGGAAGGAGUCCUGAGGGAGAUUCCCUACGCAGCCAGCGCCACCUUCCUGCCUGUCCGGCUCAAUGUUCUGAGGUUGACAAAGAUGUGAUCGUCAUGGAGGUCAGCCCUGGAGCCCCAGUGGGCUGGUGCUCUCCUCCCCCCACCCCAGUAGGGGACAUUGGAGUUCAUUUUCUAGGUGUUACAUGUUUCCUUGAGGAUGUGAAGAGUGGUAUCAUGGGAAGAUCAUUGGCCUUGGAGCCAGGAGAGACCUAGCUUCAAAUCUAGGCUCUUCUACUUAAUUGCCAUGUGAUCUUGGGUUGAGAAGUCCUUCCACACCUUAGAGCCUCAGUUUCCUCACCUAUAAAAAUAAGGGUAAUGAUCCCUGUGCUGCCUUUGCUUUUAAAAUGGGCAGGGUCAUUUCUAUUCUUGCGAGGCCUCUCCACCCCACCCCACCCCACCUGGGCUAGAAGGUCCAGCAGAAGAGGACAGGGACCAGACCAGGAGCAGCCGGACACAAGAGAGGCGGCCUUGAGCAUGAGAUGCGGAAGAGACAACGGAGGGACUCGGAGAUUUCUCUUGCUCCCUCCCCCUUUGUGUCGGGACAAAGAAAGGAACAAUCACAAAGAGCCUGCUGGCUGUCUCAACUGCCCAGGAAAUCAAUCCACUACCUUGGACUGAAUGUCUAUUGUGUGACGGUCCCUUGUGCUUUACACUGCCUGCGCCUUUGUUGAAGAGCCCUGGACUAGGGUGGCAGGAGUGGGGAAGCAGAAGACCUGGGUUCCAGUCUAGACUCUGUCCUUGGCUCGUUGUGUCACCUUGGGCAAGUGACUUAAUCUCUCUGGGUUUCAGGGUCCUCAUUUGUAAAUUAAGAAGAGCAAGAUUUUCAUUGCCCAAACCCCGUCCCAGGAGAGGCUGUGAUUUGGUGGGGUGGUGGGUGUGGGGGGAGUAUAUACUGAAAAUAUGUAUGUACACAGACCUGGAAAACGAAUAAAGUUCUGGAACAAUAAGAUUCUGAAAUCUUAAGGGUCUAU